GGCAUUUUUCUACUUAUAAUUAUGCACUCUCAUGCAUCGUGAUUAAUUCAGGUCGUCACUUCUCCUAAUAUAACGGGUCUUCUAGGUGCUGAGUUUGACUACUUCGAGAAAAUCAGGCAACUUAGAUUACCGCAAUUCGUUUCAAGAGCGGCUGAAAUGAAACUAAAUGCAAAGAGCGGUAUGGUCAGCUGUCGGGUCCAAGACAAGCGACAGGGUGCUAGAUUCACAAUUUGUUGCGGAGCGGAAUGCUAUGGUUUUCUUGUUCUCCACGGCAUUAUUUGCUAAAGAAUUCAGAAAGAACUUCAGACCUGACUUUCUGAGCGUCAACACGACUAUGGUCAAGUCGCAUAUGUACAAGUCGGCGGUUAUAGCCAUUGGUAUGGGUGCGAGUCGGACUUUGCAAAUUGGUGGAGUCGGGAGCCAGGAUCUAGCACAGUUCAGCAAGUUUGGUCCGGUGCUGCAGGCCGUUCAGAAAGGUGAUAUUACCGAAAUCACAUACAAGAGUUUCUGGGACUCUAUGAAUGCCCUACUCCAGCUUGAGUCCGGCGACCAUGCCGUGACUGGAUUUGACGGUGCUUCAAUAUCCUUCUCAAAGACAGAGCCUGUCACCAUUGCUCCGCCCCAGUUACCUCCAUCAUCUGAACCAUCUCAAUCACUAGGCGGCAAAACCUUUGUUGGGAUGGCACAAUUGCUGGUUGCGGAGGCCUUAACAGGGAAAAGGAAGGGUUGAAAAGUUCACCGAAUCCUGAAUCUCAGAAUACCGUCCGUUCGUCACGGAAAAGCAGAUGGCGUUGAAGCUCCCUCACAGUACUUCACGCUAAACUCAAAGAACAAACCUAACAAGGGGAGU